UCACAUAAGGCCUUCACCAGUUCCUUUUGGUUUUUCCCUCUCCAAUUUCUUCCUCAAGAAACCUCUCUCUCAGAAACCAUCGUUUCUUGUUCUUUCCUUGCUUUCUAGCUUUCCAGGCGUUCUCUUUCAAGAACUGGCUAACACACAGGAAAAAAUUCUGGAGGAAACCAACAAGAACCAAGAGGUGGUUCUUGCCUUCUAUGAGGCCUUAAAGACUCGAGACGUCGAGACUGUUCACCAAAUCCUUGCUCCUGACCUUGAGUGGUGGUUCCAUGGCCCUCCCACCCACCAGUUUAUGAUGCGCCUUCUCACUGGAGCUUCAUCAGACGACUCUUUCCAUUUCGAGGUUGAUCCUCUUUCUGUCACCACCUUUGGGUACACCGUCAUCGUUGAAGGCUGUGAUCACAGCCGCUCAAUCUCCUGGGUUCACGCCUGGACUGUUACUGAUGGGAUAAUCACCCAAGUGAGGGAGUACUUCAACACUUCUCUCACUGUCACCCGCCUUGGAAACUCACACCAAUCUCCACCGUCACCAUCAUCACCAUCCUCUCCUUCUGCUCCUUCAUCAACGGCUGAGAUAACCCCUGUGCAUUGCCCUUCCGUCUGGGAGAGCAGCUUUUCCAACCGGGUUGGAAAGUCUGUGCCGGGUCUCGUCCUGGCAAUUUAGUCAUUUCCAAUACCCUCCCUCUGUGAUCAGGCGCAGCCCUGAGUAGGGCACAUACAAUUAUACAAUAAAUAAAAGAAACAGGAGGGUGUGUGCGUGUCAGGUCCUUACUGGUGUCCUACUUGCGGAUGGGCUGAAGUACUGUUCAGACACAGAGAUGUGAGUUCCUUAAGGUGUCCCGUCUGUUUCCACAUUCCACCAAGUUUUACUUUAGUCGUGUUAUCUGUUCCUUUAUUUGUUUUGUUGUUGGAGAGUGUGAAUUUGUAUUUUGUUCUCUCUUUUUUUUUUUCCCAAUGUAUUUGCCAGAGUGUUUGGAGAUCUGUGGAUCCCACAUGGGAAGACCUAGUUGUUCCCAUCCUACUCUCUUUGUUGUAAGGUGUACCAGUUGUGGAAUAAAAGUGUGCUACUCUCAUUUUCUUA